GAACACCCAAACCCGCCGCGGGAAGGCGCGGAACGCCUUGAGUCUGGCGCCUUAGACCACUCGGCCAUCCUGACACUGCGUCUGCAUCUCCGACCGGGACAUACUUAGUGCUGACAUCACUGCUGUACCUGCUUUUUUUUUUUUCUCUCGGCCCUUUACGGAGAGCCCGUCUGUACCCGGGAGGUGCCGCAGAGCAGCCAGAGAACCGCCGGCUCGGCCCGGCUCCGCUCGGCCCGGCCCGGCCGCAGAACGCUGCCGCAGCGAGGAGGAGCCCGGCGUUACCCACAGGCCCCCGCCGCGCCGCCACUUCCGCCGCGACCAUUUUGUUCUUCACCGGCGUCAAGGGUACGCGCUCGGUUCUCAUCAUGUUCCCGGUGGCCAGGGCCGCGCAGAGCCUCGUCGCUCGUAGCAUCCAGCACACUGCAGUCAGACAAGCCCAUCGCAAGCACGAGCCGACCUUCCACGAUAAAUAUGGAACCAUGGUCCUCCUUAGUGGAGCUGCUGUGUUCUCUGCUGUCUGGGGCUAUGUGUUCACAAAGCUUAAAAUUGCGUGGGGCUUUUCACCUGUUGGCAGAAUCACUCCAACUGAAUGGAGGGAGUAACAGCCUCUGCUUCUAAUGAGCUGGUCUAAACUUUCACUGAGAAAAUGGUUCUGUAAUGGCAUUUGUUCCCUGAUUACCACUUGGACAGUGGCAUUCCUGGUCUAAUAAACAUACCUAGAAAACUG